GGUAGAGCAACGCCGCGGCUUGUCCGAGGCCAGGCCCAGCCUGGCGUCCGCCCACUGUGGGCACGUGCUGCGGCCUUGUGUGCGCAGGCACCCCUAGGACCCCGCGACAGAACCGCUCUCUGGGAACCUGGGUUCCGGGACAAGGUGCCGAGAGGCGCAGUGGUGGGGGGAGGAGGCCCGACGAGAAGCAGCGGGAGAAACCUCAGGCUCCCGGCAAAGAGCUGAACACAGCACAUCUGCGGCCAGAGGGUCUGGGAGCCCGUGGCAGAGCUAAGCGGGCGGUGCGCAGGGGAAGGCAUCCCCGCGCAGAGGCGGCUGUGAUUUGAAAACCUUGGCCUCCUGAGUGACUGAUCUGGGAGCUGUUGAUGCGUAAUACCGGGCUCAGCCCCGCUCGGAGCCUUCGGGGUGUGGGAGCCCUGGCCAGCGCAGCCCUUCUCGCAGCCCUGUGGCUGCUGUGGCUGCUCCAGUCCACCCCUGGGGCCGCUCCGGCGCCCCGGCCCACGCUCACCAUCCUCAUCUGGCACUGGCCCUUCGCCAAGCAGCCCCCAGAGCUGCCCAGCAACACCUGCACCAGCUACGGGGUGGCCCACUGCCGCCUGACCGCCGACCGCAGCCUGCUGGCCAGUGCCGACGCUGUGGUCUUCCACCACCGAGAGCUGCAGACCCAGCGGGCCCGCCUGCCCCUGGCUGAUCGGCCCCCUGGGCAGCCCUGGGUGUGGGCCUCUAUGGAAUCACCCAGCCACACCCACGGCCUCGACCGCCUCCGUGGCAUCUUCAACUGGGUGCUGAGCUACCGGCGAGACUCCGACAUCUUCGUGCCCUACGGCCGCCUGGAGCCCCGUGAAGGGCCUGCACCCCCGCUGCCGGCCAAGAAUGGGGUGGCCGCCUGGGUGGUCAGCAACUUCCAGGAGCGGCAGCGGCGUGUGCAGCUGUACCGGCAGCUGGCACCUCACAUGCGGGUGGAUGUGUUCGGCCGCGCCAAUCGGCAGCCACUGUGCGCCGACUGCCUGCUGCCCACCGUGGCCCGCUACCUCUUCUACCUGUCCUUCGAGAACUCCCAGCACCGAGACUACAUCACUGAGAAGUUCUGGCACAAUGCGCUGGCAGCCGGCACCGUGCCUGUGGUGCUGGGGCCCUCAAGGGCCACCUAUGAGGCUUUUGCCCCGCCUGACGCCUUUGUGCAUGUGGACGACUUCAGCUCAGCCCGAGAGCUGGCCGCCUUCCUCACCGGCAUGAACCAGAGCUACUAUCGGCGCUACUUUGCCUGGCGAGACCGGCUUCAGUUACGGCUGUUCCGCGACUGGAGGGAGCGCUUCUGCACCAUCUGCGCCCGCUACCCACACCUGCCCCGCGGCCAGGUCUACCAGGACCUCAAGGGCUGGUUCCAGGCCUGAGCUCUGCCCGCUGGAGGAGGCACGGGUGGGUGGCUGGGUAGCUGGCAAUGUGGGUGGAAGGCUGGGUGUUGAAAUCAAACCACUGGCAUCCGGGCUUCUCGGCAAACAUCAGGCUAACUUGGAGGCUGGAGUCGGGAGCCAGGAAGCAAGGGUAAUGGAGGAGCAGGCUAGUCUGGGCAGGCUGUGGGUAGGAGGGGGCCCAUGGGCAUCGGAGUCAGUGUUUAGGGGCAGGGAGGGAGGAAUGGGGGUGCGUGUUGCUGAGGUUGACCAAACAUGAGGGGCUGCUGGGGCCCUCCCUCUCCACCUUGCUCACAUCGUGGGUGGGUCAAGGCUAUCCUCAGACACAGAGCUGAGAGAGGCCGGGGGAAGGGCCCUCGGAGCUGGGGUCCCCAUGUCUGGAAUGUGCAGGCUGGAGCUUGGUGUGCAGACCUGUGUGGCCCACACCCAAGAUGGCCAACCUGCUCGUAGGGGUUUUUGCAGCCGAAGUGCCCUUGGGGAUAGGGCACCCAUCAAUAAAGAAACAAAGCACAA